UUUCGAAUUCACUUCUGUCACACAAAACUAUCACAGCAAACUGAUAUGAUUCUGCUUUGAGUACUGCUGAGGAUGCAAGAAACGACACUCCUCAAUCCGGGACAGUUGCCAGAAGACAUUAUCGUCAGCGUUUUCCACGAGCUUCAGAUAAGCAGUGAUGCAGAAACGUUAAGCUCUUGUGCAGUAGUUUGCCGCUCAUGGUCGCGCAUUGCACAAGACGCUUUGUUUGCCCGGUUCGAUAUCAUCCUUGAGCCGGCCUACGUCCCAGUGUACAAGUUUCUCAGCUUUUUACCCGUUCCUGGAGGAACUCGCACCAUUGAAAAUUUCAUUGACUUCGUCAGCGCUAACCCUCGGAUCUCCCACUUGGCGAGGAACCUACGGUUUCGGAUUCCCGCCAAAACUUCGCUCUUGGACGUCAACACGAACGUAGGGCCCAUAUUCUCCGUUCUCCGGCACCUUCACAAAUUAAGGUCACUGUCGAUAGACGCGAAGUGCUUCUGUGGUAUAGCGCCAGACGCUAUCCUAUCACGGUGUUACACCAUGACCAAGCUCAGUCUCCGUGACGUUGUCUUUCCUCAUGUCGGAAAGCUCAUGGAGUUGAUAUGUUGCUUGCCCAUGUUAGAGGACCUAACAUUGAUUGGUAGCGGGCCGGCUGCUGUUUUUGAAGAGAGCAUUGACAUUCCUUGGGCCCUUCAGACUGUCCGGCCGCCUCUUCGACGCCUAGUUAUUCAUAUGGGCCAUACGGUGAUCACCAGUCUCAUAAACGAUUCCUUGCUCUGUAUCAACGGCUUGCGCCAUCUGGAUAUUCUUUUCGUGGACGGUCUUAAGUCUAUGUCUUCUGGAUGGUCUCCCUCGUAAUACUCUUCUGUCGCUUGUUCCGGCUAUCCGGUUACAAAGCCUUGAGCCGACAAUACACUCGAAAACGUUACUAUAGUUAUUGACGGAGACUACCUUCUCU